AUGGACGCGUCGGCCGCCGCUUUGUCGGCGGCCGCGGCGGCCGCUCCUCCUGCAGCGCCGGCGCAGUGGGCGUGUCGCGCGUGCACCUUCGUCCACGACGGCCCGGAAAACAUGAACUUCCUGGCAUGCGCGCUCUGCGGCACGAAGAAGGUCGAGGACGCGGUCCCGCCGCCGCCGGACGCGUCCGCGCCGCGCGCCGCAUCGCCGCCGCACGCGUCCGCGCCGCGCGCCGCGUCGCCGCCGGACGCGUCCGCGCCGCCGAUCGACGCCGCGCCGCGCGCCGCGCCGCCGACGAUCGACCUCACCGCGCCGGACGACUCCGACGCCUACGUCGCGCCGCGCCGCGAGUUCAACCUCACCGCGCCGGACGACUCCGAGCGCGCCUACGUCGCGCCGCGCCGCGAUAUCGACUUGGACUCCGCCGAGGAGCCGCCGCGGAAGCGCCCGCGGCCCGCGGCGCCGACGACGCGCGUCGGCCGCUGGGACGUCUCGCGCGUCGGCUUCGGGACGCUCGCGCUCGGCGUGCUCUACCCCGACGGGCGGCCGCCCGAGGACGCCGCCGUGAGUAUCGUGCGCGCGGCGCUCGCCAGGGGCUGCACUUUCUUCGACACGGCCGACUGCUACUGCGCGGACGGCGGCGACACGCACUACGCGGAGCGGCUCCUCGCCCGGGCGCUCGGCGACGCCGACGCGGGGUCGGUCGUCGUCUCGACCAAGGGCGGCAACCGGCGGCGCGGCGACGGCCGCGAGAGCAAGAGCUGGGCCUUCGGCCACCGCAUCGCCGCCGCCGAGGUCCGGCCGGCCAUCGCCGCGAGCCGCGCCGCGCUCGGCCGCCGCCACCCGAUGAUCUGGAGCCUGCACAACACGGACUCGUUCGAGCCCGAGGGCCCGGACUUCGCGGACAUCCUGCGCGCCAUGCGCGACGCCAACGACGCGGGCGACUGCGACGCGCUGGGGCUGUCGAACGCGUCCGCGCGCCACGUCGACGCGGCCGCGGCGGUCCUCGGCGACCGCCUCGUCGCCGUGCAGAACGAGCUGAGCUUCUUCGCGACGCAAGCGUUCAAGCCGCGGAAGCCCAACGCCGCGAAAUCGAACAAGGCGGGCGUCGUCGCGGCCUGCGCGGCCGCCGGCGUCGCGUUCGUCGCCUUCGGCGUCUUCGGGGGCCUCCCCGCGAGGCAACACAAGCGCGACGUCGCCGCGCUCGAGCCCCUGCGGCGCGUCGCGGAGCGGGCGGGCGCGUCGCCCCACGCGGUCGUGCUCAAGUGGCUCCUGCACCGCCACCCGGCGGGCUUCGUCGCGCUCGCGGGCACGCGCCGCGCGGACCGCGUCCCGGACGUCGCGGCCGUCGAGGACCUCAUCCUGGCGCCCGCGGACUACGACGCCAUCGACGCCAUCAAGGCGCCGCAGGGCCGGCGGAAGACGGGCGGGCCGAUGGCCCUCCUCGCGCGGCUGGUCUUCCUCGGGCUGGCCAGCGCCGAGGUCUCCCGACUCGAGUCGUGGCACGACAUCUCGGGCGCGGCGAGCGCGGGCGCGGGCGGGACCGUCGUCGUGCCGUACGUCGAGGUCGUUCCGGGCGCGGGAUGGGCCGAGGUCCCGCCCAACGCGAGCGUCGCCAUCGGAAGCGCCGGCGGCGCGACGGUGAACGGCACCGGCGCCUCGAGGUUCUUCGUCGUCCGGGGCGAGCUGGCGCUGAGCAACCUGACGCUCGUGGACGGCUACAACGGCAGCUACGGAGGAGGCGUCGCGUCCGCGUUCGGCACGGGCGCGACGGCCGCCGCGGACGCCGCGCUCGGCGAGAACCUCAAGGUGCGCCACCGCGACCUCUGCGCCGAGUGCCAGCCCCUCCGCUUCCUCUACAGCGAGUACGACCCGGCCUGCUGGUACUUCGAGUGCGUCGAGUGCGUCCGCCGCCUCGUGCUCACGUGCCUCCUCCCGCUCCCCGGGGCCUGGGCCGACCCCGAGUCCAUCGCCCACGCCGUCUUCGCCGUCGCCGUCGCCGUCCUCUUCGCAUUCCUCUACGACAACCUCGCGCCCUUUCUAGAGGACUCCGUCGACGCCUUCGCGGACGUCGUCCAGUUCCUCCUCUUCGUCAACCUCUUCACGAUCCUCAUCCUCGACUGCGACGCGAAGAUGCAGACCGCGGAGGAGCGCACGGGCCUGAGCCGCGCCGGCUUCGGCACGGCCAACACCGUCGGCGCGCUCGGCGCGCUCGUCGUCGCGCUCAGCACCAACGGCAAGAUCGCCGCCGCCGCCGUCGUCGCGCGCGACAAGGCCCGGACCGCGUCGUGCCGGGCCAUCGAGAGCGCCGGCGCCUCGGAGGAGCUCGUCCGCAAGUUCGGCCUCGCGACCGCGCGAGCGGCGGACGAGGUCGCCGCGCUCGAGCCCGCGGCGGACCGCGAACUCGAGGCGGCCCAGGCGCGCCCGGCCAGCGUCUUCUCCAGCGUCGACGACGAGGAGCUCGCGACGUUCGCCGGCGGCGACGAGGAGCCCUUCUUCGCGGGGUGCUGCGGCACCGCCCCCGGCGACGCCGCGUUUUGCGGCGACCGCCAGCCCGCGGAGCCGCCCGCGUAA